AUGUCACUCGUUUGGACUUGCAAUGUGCGCGCCACAAGGCCGCUCCUCUUGACGACGAUACUGUUCGCGUCUCCCGAGUCUCUCGUUCAUUACUAUGCCGAACAACGCUCGCACACGGCGGGCAACGAGCUUGUGACUUGGACGGAAAUGUUGAACUUGCAGGACCGGGCGCCACUUACUGUGAAUAUGCUCUAG